GUCCAACAUGGAUAUCUUUGAUGCCGACAGUGCCAAAGCGCCUCACUAUGUCCUUUCUCAGCUCAGCACGGACAGCAAAAGCAACUCAAAAGCAGGAAAUGGGUUGGUAUCUGCUUUUUUUGUUUUGUUUUGUUUUUUUUUAAAGAAAAAACCUUCUAUCUCCGUAUGUAAACCCAAACUAAUAAAAGUGCCCCCGUGCCAUGGCAAACGUUCUGCUUAGGUUCUCACGUAAACCCAUCCCUUCUCCGCUGUCCCUGUCAUGUCAUAGCCCAGGAUAAGUUCUUCCUGCCCCCAGAAAUUGUGGCUGCCCCAUCCCUGCGAGUGUCCAAGGCCAGGUUGGAUGGGGCUUGGAGCAACCUGGGAUAGUGGAAGGUGUCGCUGCCCAAGGCAGAAGGCGGAACUGGAUCUCUUGAAGGUCCCUUUCGACACAAACCGCUCCAUGAUUCUGUGAUAAGUUCUCAUUAGACUUGUUAAUCUUUAUUUAGAAGAUAAAGCUACGCUUUCCUGCAGCAGUUAAAUGCAGCGCUGAUGAGCUCAUCUGUUCUUUAAGUGAAAUUCCCAAAAGGCCACACAAUCCCUGUUAUAAAAUGGCAAUGAAAAUGUAUUUAAAAAGCAAGGGAGAGUGAAGUUGGUGCACCCUGAAUGGUUUUUUUGCAGGAUUUUAUGUGAGGAUUUCAAUCUGUACACUUCACCUGCUGCUCUAUUUGUCAAAUAGAGAUAGGGGCAGGAGUAGAAGCUAACAGUUAAUGUCUCAUUCAGGUUUCUCAUGAUUUAAAUUAUCACUUGCUUCACUUUUAUAUGAAAUGUUAAGACAAUAUGGUGAACCAGUUUCUGGUUUUUCCUUGUGAAUUCACUUCUGUAUUUGAUUUUUUCAGAAAUAAAUCUCUGAUGCUGUUUCUCUCUGUGCUUCUGGGUCGUGUGCGUGUGUCUGCGUGGGCACGCCUGGGUGGUGGCCCCUCAUCUCCCACUCCACACUGUUCACUAAAUGCAUUCCAGUAGCUGCUUAAAGAGGACAAUUCCAUCAGUUUGCAAGAGCGUGUUGAUACAUUUCUUUUUUUAUUUCAUUUUUUGACUUGUUGCUUCUUUGGUACUUUUAAAGUGGUCAAAUGGAUAGAUUUGGCUCUUUUGUUUUGGGCUUUUUUGGGGGCAGGAGUGCGUUUUGGUUUCACUUUUAUGUCUGUGCUUGCAGUACGUUCUGACGUUCAUCACAGCAACGGUGAAUAUUAAAAUUUGGCUGAUGGCAAAGAUGAUGAACUUCUCAUAUCCCAAAGGGAAAGAGCCUGGAGUCUGUAUUCCCAGGAGCAUCAGAGAACCAGAAGGGAGCUGGAGGCAAGAAGACCCCAAUGUUGUGUGGUCAGUACCCGACUAAGAGUGAGGGGAAGGAGCUGAAGAUCAUGGUGCAGCCGGAGACCCAGCACAGGGCUCGGUACCUGACGGAGGGCAGCCGGGGCUCCGUCAAGGACCGCACGCAGCAGGGCUUCCCCACCGUCAAGCUGGAAGGCCACAACGAGCCCGUGGUGCUGCAGGUGUUCGUGGGGAACGACUCCGGGCGCGUGAAGCCGCACGGGUUCUACCAGGCCUGCAGGGUCACGGGCAGGAACACCACGCCCUGCAAGGAGGUGGACAUCGAGGGCACCACCGUCAUCGAGGUGGGGCUGGACCCCAGCAACAACAUGACGCUGGCGGUCGAUUGUGUGGGAAUCCUGAAGCUGAGGAAUGCCGACGUGGAAGCCAGGAUAGGGAUUGCUGGCUCCAAGAAGAAAAGCACCCGCGCUCGGCUCGUCUUUCGCGUCAACAUCACGCGCAAGGACGGCUCCACCCUGACCCUGCAGACGCCUUCUUCCCCAAUUCUGUGCACUCAGCCAGCGGGAGUCCCAGAGAUCCUAAAGAAAAGUCUCCACAGCUGUUCAGUGAAGGGUGAAGAGGAAGUUUUUCUGAUUGGCAAGAACUUCCUAAAGGGAACAAAAGUGAUUUUCCAAGAGAAUGUUUCCGAUGAGAAUUCUUGGAAGGCAGAAGCUGAAAUUGACAUGGAAUUAUUUCAUCAGAAUCACCUUAUUGUGAAGGUGCCACCAUAUCACGACCAGCAAAUCACCUCAGCCGUCUCGGUGGGAAUAUACGUGGUGACCAACGCUGGGAGAUCUCACGACGUGCAGCCCUUCACCUACACUCCAGAGCCAGCUGGGACUCUGAAUGUUAAUGUGAAGAAGGAAAUCUCCAGCCCAGCCCAACAUUGUUCUUUUGAAGAGGCUAUAAAAGCAGUGAAGGCCACGGGCUGUAACCUGGAGAAGGUGAACAUUCUUCCUAGUGCCUUGAUAACUCCUCUCAUGCCAAGCAGUAUGAUCAAGAACGAAGAUGUGGCUCCAAUGGAAGCUUCAAAUGUGGUUGGACCAACUCAGCAAACACUGGAAAACAGCAUGUCUGGCAUAUCAACUUCUGCUUCCCAUUUACCUUCUGAGAGCGAAAACCAGCAGCAGAUCCAGCCCAAGGUGUACAACCCCGAGAGCCUGAGCACCAUCCAGACGCAGGACAUUUCCCAGCCCGGCAGCUUCUCCGCGGUGUCCACGCCGGGCCAGCUGCAGAACAGCGACGCGCUGCUGCAGCAGGCUGCGCAGUUCCAGAGCAGGGACUCGCAGCCCAGGGAGGUGCUGCAGUCGGACGGCACGGUGGUGACUCUGUCGCAGCUCACCGAUGCCUCGCAGCAGCAGCAGCCCACGCUCUCGGAGCCGGCCCAGGCCCUGCAGCAGCAGAUUUCCUCGAGCAUCUUCUCGUCGGCCAGCGGCGUGAGUCAGCUCCAGAACACCAUCCAACAGCUCCAGGCCGGCAACUUCCCCACCAACACCGCCACGGGCAGCAACAGGAACGUCGACUUGGUGCAGCAGGUUCUGGAAGCUCAGCAGCAGUUAUCUUCCGUUCUGUUUUCGGGCUCGGACAGCGGCGAGGACGUCCAAGAUCAGCUGAACGCGGAUAUCUUUCAGCAGGUCAGCCAGAUACAGAGCAGCGUGAAUCCCGGGAUGUUUUCCUCCUCAGACGCAGCUGUCCAUUCCAGACCCGAGAACCUUUUGCCCGGGCGAGCUGAGAACGUUCGCUCCCAGCCUGAAGGUGGCCUGUCCAACCAGCAGCAGCAGCAGCAGCAGCAGCAGGCCAUGGAGACGUCAGCAGCCAUGGUGAUGGGCAUGCAGCAGAACAUGUGCCAGGCGGCCACGCAGAUGCAGUCGGACCUGUUCUCCUCCACCACGGCGGGGAACGGGGCCCUGCAGCAGUCCCCGGUGUACCAGCAGGCGUCCCACAUGAUGGGUGGCUUAUCCAGCGGCGAGGACAUGCAGAUGCAGUGUGAGCUGUUCUCCUCGUCCCCGGGGGUGUCGGGCGGCGAGGCGGCCGCCCCCGCGCAGCAGCCGGUCUCCAACAACGGCCCCGCCAUGUUCCAGCCCUCGAGCUCUGCAGAGGGAGAGGAGGCCUCGGGGCAGAGCAAGCAGAUGCAGAGCUCCGUCUUUCAGACCAUGGUUCAGAUGCAGCACGGCGGGGAAAGUCAGUCCCAGGUUAACCUCUUCUCAUCCACCAAGACCAUGAUGAGCGUCCAGGCCAGCGGCACUCAGCAGCAGGGCGGGGCUCUGUUCCAGCAGGGUGGGGAAAUGAUGUCGAUUCAGUCGGGCAGCUUCAUCCAGCAGUCUCCACACUCGCAGGCUCAGCUUUUCCACUCUCAGAACCCUAUCGGUGACACUCAGAAUAUAUCCCAGGAAACACAAGGAUCCCUUUUUCAUAGCUCAAAUUCCAUUGUCCACAACCAGACCAACACUAAUUCCUCUGACCAACUGCAGCCCCCGAUGUUCCACUCACAGAAUGCCAUGGGUGUCUUGCAGAGCUCCUCGGUGCCUCAAGACCAGCAGUCUGCCAACAUGUUCCUUUCCCAGAGUUCCAUGAGCAACCCUGCCUCUCAGGAAGAGCAGAUGUCAUUCUUUACAAGCCCAAAUCCCAUUUCUCCUCUUCAGACAGCGACAAACACCGAACAGCAGACUUCUUUCCAGCAGCAGACACAGAUCUCUCAUAUCCAGAGCUCCAUGCUUCCCCAGGAGCAGCCGCAGACUCAGCCUGCUCAGCAGGGUUUGUUUCAGUCCCAGGUGUCACUGGGCUCCAUCCAGUCCGGCUCCAUCCCUCAGAACCAACAAGGAGCCAUCUUCCAGCCUCAGCAUUCGAUCGUUGCUAUCCAGAGCAGCCCUCCGUCUCAGGAGCAGCAACAGCAGCAGCAGCAGAACAUGAUGUUCGGCAAUCAAAGUGCAAUGAGUACAAUGGCCUCCCAAAAGCAGAACAUGAUUUUCAAUCCAAAUCAAAACCCGGUUACCAAUCAGGAGCAACAAGGCCAGUCCAUUUUUCAUCCGCAGUCCAACAUGGCCUCGAUGAAUCAGGAGCAGCAGCCCAUGCAAUUCCAGAGUCAGACCACGGUGUCUCCUCUCCAAAAUCCUGGCUCCAACCAAGCUGAAGCACAGCAGCCAACCAUCUUCCAUAACUCGCCCCAGAUUCAGCUGGUCCAAGGGUCCCCAAGUUCUCAAGAGCAGCAAGUCACCCUCUUCAUCUCCUCAGCUUCCAUGUCUGCCCUGCAGAGCAGCAUGAGCCAGCCGGAGCUGCAGCAGUCCCCCAUGUACUCCUCCCAAAACAGCAUGGCAGGGAUGCCAGGAACUGCUUCUCCUCCCCAGCAGCAGCCUCCCCUGUUCCACAACACGGCGGGAGGUGCCAUCAACCAGCUGCAGAAUUCCCCUGCCUCGUCCCAGCAGACAUCGGGAAUAUUCCUGUUCGGCAUCCAGAACAACUGCGGCCAGCUGCUGCCCCCCGGCCCGGCGGCGCUGCCGGAGGAGCUGAUGGCCAUGGGCCAGCCCGGGCAGCCGCAGGGCGAGGCGCAGCCCGCCGUGCCCGCGCUCCUGUCCCAGCAGCUCCCCGAGACCCCGCCGCUGCCCUCGGCCAUGGCCACCAACCAGAACAUGGAGAAGAUAGACGAUCUGCUCGUGUCCUUGCAGAACCAGGGGAACAACAUGGCUGGCUCCUUUUAAUCGGGCAAGCGAAAUUCCGUGAAGAAAAAAAAAAAAGCGACGAUUUCCCAGAUCUUCUCAGACCUUCCAACUCUGGAUUAGGCUGCGUGGAACCAAUUGCUUCUGUGGAAAAGUGGCCUCUUUUAAGAGCACACGCGUGGCCAGUGGCAGACCUGAGGCCACGACCGUGGAAUUUGGGCUCCACAGUGCCAAUAAUGCUGAGGAGUUAUGCUUUGUGUUACUGGGGCGUGGGGUUGGGCUGUUACCAGGUUCAUAAACCUCAUUACAGUGGGGGCUCUUGGAAUUUAAAGCAUAUCUGGUCAGUUAUUAUUGUUGUUGGAAGGUAAUCCAUGUUACCACGUUUACUUUUUCCCUCCUGUUCCUUGUUCACAUCCCUUUUUUCCCUCAGGAGGCUCGUGCAGCAGAAACAGCAGCUGCCUCUGCCCCGAGCCGUGACUCAGCUGUCAGUGAGUGAAGGGAUCUCUGGAUUGACACGGAGUGGGAGAGCCAAACCCACCCUUUGUGAAUUGAAAGUACUGGGAGCUGUAUUAACCACGCAGAGAGUUGCUGCUGUAAAUAACCAGUUCCCAUCUGGGAAUGGCAUUAACGGUUUUCCACGUCCCUUACGUGGAGCUGUACGUAGAGCAGGGGUUUGGUGGCUCUACAGAACGAAGAAAUGAAGGGGGACUUCCAGCUGAUCUUAAAAUCUUCUCUAAAACACCUUCAGCUUGAAAAGAGCAUUUUGUGUGGCUGAGGAAGGGACUCCCCUGUGUCUCUCACUCUGACUGAAGGGUUAGAGCUCUGUAAAGCCUCACGAGCUGUCCCCAAACCAGCCUUCUCCCUUCCGUUCUUUCCAUGGUUUUCCUUCUCUCCCUCAGUUUUGUAUUGUGUUUUUAAAAAAAAGACAUAGAUAUCCUACUGGCUUUAAAGCUAAAGAAACAGCUUUUAGGAAUCCUUGGCAGUAAAUUGCUUAGUCAGUAGAAGCUUUGACAAAUAACCAAGGAGUAAGGAGAGAGGAAGCAGUUUCUCCACCACCUUCUAAACGCAGGAAUCCCCCUUAACCCGCCACUUCCAGCUGCGACCGAUGGAAAUCUUCAGCUUGGCUUUACUCCAAGUAGGGGGCAAAUUGCAUCAUUUUUAAGCCUUCUUAAAAGGUCACUUCAUCCUGAGCUGUUGCAUCUUUGUAGCACGUGGAGCUCGUCGCAGUCCUGAAGUGAUUUUUUUUUUUUUCCCCUUUUUCUACCACCGAGCCCCGAGUCUGGUUUCUAGAUUGUCAUGUUUAAUUAAGGAAUAAAUCAUUGACUGAUGUUACGGAAUGUAAAAACAACCCACUCCAGACCGUGCAGGUGUAUUGUGAGGCAUGUGGAUAUUUUUGGGUGCUUCAACUCUCCGGGCAGUGUGUGAUCUCUCACUACAGCCUCGCUCAGAUCCGUGUUCUCCCGCUGCCGCCGGAGCCCAGCCGCUCCCGCGGCGCCCGUUCCGCCUCGGUAGAGCGCAGCUGGUAUCAACGGCAUUUUUGUUAUAUGAAAUAACAAAAGAACAGUCUGUAAAUGUUUUUUGGUUUUGUUUUUUUUUUUUUUUAAGUUCCUCCAGUCUGUUUACUGUGUGUUUUCCCCUUAACUCGUGUGCGUAGUUGAGCCGUGUAGAGUUUUUUGUUGGUUUUCCUGGAUUUCCCCCGUUUGUUGGUCUGUCACGACGUUCACUUUCUCUUUCUGUCUCUCUCUUUCUCUCUCUCAUUGAGAGGCAUUGAAUUACGUUUUCAGUAGUAAGGCUUCUUGCCGAUAUGAAGGGAACUUUUCAGAAAGAGACCUGCUCUGGGUCAUUUAAUUUUGAAUACAGUUUUCAAUCGUUCAAGUUUUGGAUGGUUUAUAUCUAAUGUGUGUUUCAUUUUUUUGGAAAGCUAUAUUUUGUAUUUAGGAAAUGGUAUAACUAUUUUGCUAUUUGUACUGAGUGAGUACAUUGGCAUAAAUAUAAAAAAUUUAUAUAUAUACAUAUAUAUAAAAUAUUCUUUUUGCCACACAUUUUUGUGGUAAAUUUGUGAGUUUGUCUGAUGUUCUACCACAACGUGGCGUCUGAUAACAGUGGGGUGGGGUGGGGUUUGUUAUGUCUUUAUUGAGUAUUUAAGUACUUUUUGCAACAUAAAUAACGUGUUCAUCUCUCGCCAUUCCAUCAGGCAGUGUUGGUCCAGCUGGCCACGAGAAGCUUCGCUCUGUGUUUGGUGUGUCCCUCACUCACAGCCUAGCCAGGAAACCCAGAGGCAUUUAGGAUUAUAUAAAAUAUGAAAUACUGGGGUUUCCCUCAGAAUGAGCCAUUCAGCUUUUCCUCCACUCUCAUCGCCUAUUUAAUAUUUUAUUAUUAGCGCCUCUAUGUUUUAGCUCCUAAUUUAUGAUUAUGCUCAAACGUUGGAAAUUUUAAUCAGGACAGAAAGAAUUCCCCACUGCAUCAUGUCCAGAGCUGCUUUUACCCCGACCCAGACUUUUCUUUCUGUAUUUUAUUUUUUUUUUCUUCCCCUGCUGAGACAAAACAUUACCAACAUCUCGUAAGGGUUCGCAGCACGAAAGCAGCGGCCCCCAGCAGUGCCCAGGCGCUGCUCAGGCUGAGAGCAAUGGACCCAACAACGUCCAGAGGGCCGUGGAAGUGCCUAGGCGCUCACUGGGAGAGGAGCCGCUGGUGUUUGCAGGAUGUGUGUCCCAGGAUGAGCUGGUGGCUGUCCCCUGGGGCCGUUGGACGCAGAAGGAGUGACGGGAACGAUGGAUUCGCUCGUGUGCUGCUUCGGUUCGCCCCUUGUUCCCAAGGGCUCUAUCCGUUUGUUGGUCAGUGCCAAGUCACCAGGGACCAAUUCUCCGUGGAACAGGACGAGUGCCCAGAAGAGGAGCGCAUCCCAAGCCUGCCACAGCUCCAGGGAAGGGUAUGUUUGGAUUGUGGGUGUGUUUGAGGUCACAAAGAGAAGAGAGGAAAAAAAACAUACACAAGAAAACAACCAAGGGCUGUGCUAUCCCAGUUUUCCCUUCUGGAAACACCUUCCUUUCCUGGUGUUAAAUUUACCUGUUCAUUUUAGGUCAAUGUUUAAAUGUACAACACUUUGAACAUGUGAUUUGGUUACAAGAAGUAUUUGUGUGGCUGAAGAGGUCGCUCAGCGGUUGGCGCGUGCUCGGCAGCGGCUCGGAGGGUCGAGGGCUUGGAUCAGCGCCAGGAGAGCUCAAGGACAGGCUGCAGGCUGUCCUGGCAGGGAGCACAGCCUGAGCCACGUCUGUGUUUUACCAGGGGCCUGAACAUCCACUUCUGACAUUUUUAGCGGUUGAGGCUGGGCAGCAGAGCUUCUCCGUGUCCCCAGUGUUCAGGAGCGCACGGAGCGCCGGCGUCGUGUCUGGGUCCUUUGGGUGAUCAGAGGAUCCUGAGGUAUCAGUCUGUGCAAAUCCAGCAUCCCUGGGGGUCCCAGAGCACCCAGUUGUGGGCACAAGUGAGAGCUGAGGGAGAUGGAGCUGCCAACCCCCACCGCGUCCCCUCAGCUUUUACCCCGAGUGUGCCCGGAGCCCACCCAGAAACCAGCGAGCCAACACUUAGUGCACGGUUUGAGCUGAACAUCUCCUCUGGCACGGAGUCACUGGUGCUUUGUGCUUAAUUAACAGUUGCUUUCUUAUGAAUUGCUUCCUCACUGCCCGAUCUUGCAGCAAGCCGAACGCUUUGCUCUUAUUUUAACACAGAUCUAGUUCAAGAAAUAAUUGCAGGCUGUUCUGAAGUGGAUGCCCACUCUGAUCACUAAUUGUGAUUACUUCUAAUCACUGACAGGGUGGUUGCUUCCCAUGUAGUUUUGAGAUAAGGCAUGAGCAGUUAAACAUAAUUUUGGCAGGUUUUUACUGAAAGCACCAAGUCUGGGCAGCUGUGUCAGUGGACAUUCCCCUCAGUUGCAUAAGCUGAACUUUAUUUUUUUAAACUUUCCAUUGAUAUUUUGAUUUAGAACCUAAUUUCUAAAAGGCAAAUACGUCUGAAUGGAUUUUUAUCCCUGUUUUCUCGUGCCUGUGCUUGGCAAACUGUUGUGUUCCUUUUCCAGGGCCAUUGCAGGGGAGCACAGACGUGGAUCUGAGUGAGGGGAGCAGGAGAGAGGAGAGGGAGCUGCUCGGCUCCGAGCUGUAGGGCGAGAACAGGAACUGCUGGUCACUGCUGACAUCUCCCCAGUGCAAAACUGAGCUUCCAGGGCUUGGUGGGUUUUGUGUUUGGGGGGCUCAGGGCAGCUCCAUUCUGUAGAAGCUAAAAGGAAACAGCAGUGGGAUGCUGUGUUUGUUCGAGGGCUUUGUUUUGUUUUAGUUGGGUUUGUUUAGGCUUUAGUGGCAGGCUGUGAGCGCCUUGUGUUCCUGCUCAGACCAGCUGUGCCAGCCCUGGUGCCCCGGGCAGAGGGUCAGCGUUGGAAAUGGGAUAAACGUGGUGGAGACGAGUCAAAAUGCAGCAGGGGAUAAACUCCUGCAAAAGGGAACUUGUGAAAUUCUCUAGGGGAGUGUGGGACGUGGAGGGGUUACCAGGAGAGGCUUUUCCUCUCCCAGUCUGUGUAGGGAUGUAAAUAUGCACUGCCUGUAUAUUCUAGGAUUAUAUAUAUGUACAUAGAGGAGUCAGAUUAUUAUAUAUAAACAAUAGUAGACACAUGCAUAGAAUACUGUUACAUUUACAUUUUUAUAAACAUUAAAUAAUAUUCCUUUUCCUCAGUAGGAGGUUUUUGUAGUAACUCACGAGUAGGUGUCUCACACCUCUCAGUCCUGGCCGUGUGGCCGUGUUGGUGACGUCCUGGCCGUGUGGCUCCAGAACUUGCUCUGCUUGGGAACCUCGCUGGGAUCUGUGGGCUGGAAGCAGCUGUGGCCACUUUUGUAUUUUUUAUAUCUUUUAGUUCGUACUUGCAGAUGUGGUUUAGCGUAGAACUGACAGCCAGGCUGAGGCUGGGCUUCCUGCAGCCCUGAGCAUCCCUCGAUCUCCCUCGAGUCGCCCCAGAGCCUUUUCCGUCCCCGGGUGUGUUGGAUGUUUCUGUGUAGCAAAAGGUUGCUGCUUGUGCUGGGUCAGGGAGGGGAAGCUCCUCUGCCAUUUCUCUUUAUUCCCACGAGGGCAGGAGUCUGUAAACUGAUUUUUUUUAACUGACUGAUUAGUGCAACAGUCAAAAUCUAGAGAACUCCUUGAAAGCCAAUGAAGUUCCCCUUGAAUUCUGUCCGUGAGGAACCUGCCAUAACUCAUGCUGAUUUCUUUGUUGCAGGUUGUGUGAGGAUUUAAAUGCUAAUAAUCAUAGAAUCAUGGAAUAUCCUGAGCUGGAAGGGAUCCACAGGGAUCAUCCAGUCCCAUCCCUGGCCCUGCACAGACCCUCCAACAAUCCCACCCUGUGCAUCCCUGGCAGCGCUGUCCAAACCCUCCUGGAGCUCUGGCAGCCUCGGGGCCGUGCCCAUUUCCUGGGGAGCCUGGGCAGUGCCAGCACCCUCUGGGGAUGAACCUUUCCCUGAGAUCCAACCUAAACCUGCCCUGACACAGCUCCAGCCAUUAAAUCAGGUCAUACAAUCAAUAGUGUGUAUUGUGUCCCAUGUGACUUCCAGUUCCAAAUCCGUGUUCCGCUGGAAUUUGUCAGGAGUGGAUCAGUGUUGUCCUGGUGCAGGUUUCCUUAAAUCGCCUCCAUCACACUGAGAGCCAGUCCUCCUUGGUUCUCUUGGAGUUUGCGGAGCUGAACUUGUCUCCAGAGAUUUGUCAUUUUUUGCUGUUACACUUCAUUAAAUUGCCCAGUGACAUUCACUGUGCAGGGACAGGGGCAAGGAAUCCAGGGAUUCCCUGCUCACUGACCCCUGUGUUCAGGUUCCAAGGCUCCCACAGCCAGCAGCCCUCUGUGACACAUUCCAGCUCCAGGCCUGGCGUUAGGGGAGGGUCCUGUGUUCACCUGACAGGUAAAUGGCCUUGGCUUUGUUUGGCUCUGUUCUGGCCCUGCAGCAGCCCGUGGAAGGGGAUCUGACCCCAGUGCCCUGGGCAGGACCACGGCUGCCUGCUGGGAUAAUGUGUCCAGGGGAAGUUUGGAAGUGGCUCUUUGGGUGUUGCAGAACUGGGAUCCCAUUCCAGUAUCCUGAGCAGCCUGCAGCAUUCCUGAAGCUUUUUUAUUUUGGAUAAAAGGAGACAAUUUGAAUUAUUUCCAUCUGAGCUCAUGCUGACUUAAGCUCCAACCCCUUCAGAGCCGAGCUCCAGCCUCUGUCUCUGUCCCUGCACCUCAGGUGGGCUCUCCCCUGCCUGCCAGGUGUUCUGGGUGCACCCUCGACCGCUGAGCUGCCUCUUCUGUGUCCUGCAAUGUGAAAGUAGCACCAGAUACUCCUUCGUGCAGUUCUGUGUAUAUGGCUUUCGUAGGUGGGUUUUCCAAGCACUGAUUCCCGGUGUUUUCAGUUUGUCUAUGAGGGGAUAUUUUAUUUGCAUCUAUGUUUUUAGCUCUCCUGUGAUAACUUGUUGAAUAUUAAAAAAAAAAAAAAAAUAUUUUGCUUCUAUUGGGACAUUUGUAUACUCGCAACUAUAUUUCUGUAAACAGCUGCAGUCGAGAA